AGGGACGAGCCGCAGCUCCGUGCCCGCUGAACACCUGUCAGCCCGCGGAGCGUGAUUUAUACCUGGCCUCGGCAGCCUCUCCGCUGGGGAUUUCCCUCUCGUUCCACUUCUGCUUUUUUUUUUUUUUUUCUUUUCCCUUUCGCCUCCCCCCUCCCUUCUCGGAGCGUUGUGGAAGAGAGUGUUUUCUUCAGGGUAUUAAGCUGAAAAUACAGAGGAGGAGAGGCUCAGACCUUUACCUCACUGCCUCACUCUCCCUUCCAUGUGAAUAUUCUGCAACGUUUCCUUCAUCCUGCCGCUCCUCUCACCUGGCCAGCGCUGUCCGGACCAUGUCCGCUAAGCUCCUGCCGGUUUUCUUCCUCCUCUCAGUGUUCUACGCUUGUUCUAGAGAGGUUGAAGAGGAUGAAUAUGAAGAUGGAACAACUAACCAAAAAUGGGUUUUAGCUCCAAAAACACAAGACACAGAUGUGACUCUCAUACUAAACAAGCUGUUGAGAGAGUAUGACAAAAAGCUGCGGCCAGAUAUUGGAAUAAAACCAACAGUUAUUGAUGUUGAUAUUUAUGUCAACAGCAUUGGUCCUGUAUCAUCAAUAAAUAUGGAAUAUCAAAUUGAUAUAUUUUUUGCCCAGACAUGGACAGACAGCCGUCUUCGCUUCAACAGCACCAUGAAAAUACUGACUCUGAACAGCAACAUGGUUGGCUUGAUCUGGAUCCCAGACACAAUAUUUCGUAACUCAAAGACAGCAGAGGCGCACUGGAUCACCACCCCCAACCAGCUCCUCCGCAUAUGGAAUGAUGGCAAGAUCUUGUACACCCUCAGGCUUACCAUCAACGCUGAGUGCCAGCUGCAGCUACACAACUUCCCCAUGGAUGAACACUCAUGUCCUCUGAUAUUCUCCAGCUAUGGCUAUCCUAAAGAGGAAAUGAUUUACAGAUGGAGGAAAAAUUCAGUGGAGGCUGCUGAUCAGAAAUCUUGGAGACUCUAUCAGUUUGACUUUAUGGGUCUUAGAAAUACUUCAGAAAUUGUGAAAACCUCUGCAGGUGAUUAUGUAGUCAUGACCAUAUACUUCGACUUAAGUAGAAGAAUGGGAUACUUUACUAUACAAACAUACAUUCCCUGUAUAUUAACAGUUGUUCUUUCCUGGGUAUCCUUUUGGAUCAAAAAAGAUGCCACACCAGCAAGAACAGCAUUAGGCAUCACCACAGUAUUGACCAUGACAACUUUGAGUACCAUCGCAAGAAAGUCAUUGCCCCGUGUUUCCUACGUCACUGCCAUGGAUCUGUUUGUGACUGUAUGCUUUCUAUUUGUCUUUGCUGCUCUGAUGGAGUAUGCCACCCUCAACUACUACUCAAGUUGCAGGAAACCAAACUGUACUAAGAAGAAAAAGUCGCUACCUGAUGUAAGUUUUGGUCAUGUAAUGAAUUAUUCUGUACUUGAUAUGAGACCACCAACUACAGUCAUCACAUUGAACAAUACCAUGUAUUGGCAAGAUUUUGAAGAUGCAUGUGUCUAUGAAUGUCUGGAUGGGAAAGACUGUCAGAGCUUUUUCUGUUGUUAUGAAGAGUGUAAAUCAGGCUCAUGGAGGAGAGGACGGAUUCACAUAGACAUCUUAGAACUGGACUCUUACUCUAGGGUCUUUUUUCCUACAUCUUUCCUGCUGUUUAACCUGGUCUACUGGGUUGGAUACCUCUAUCUUUAAAUGUUGCCUGUAGCAGUGAAGACUUGCUGCGUUUUCUCACUGCGGACGGAUGGUGAAAGUGGAGAAAAAGUGAAGGACACAGUCAGUUUCAUCUCAGAUUAUAAAGACCACAUUAACCUUCACCAUCACAGAGCCUGAUGAAGAAUUUUAACAUGUAAUUUCCUGAAAAAGCAAAACACAGAAGAAUUCUCUCCUAACUGCUCUUUGUUCUAAGAAAAAGGUUCUUACAAAGUUCAGCUGAAUUUGUAGUGUAAGCGAUGUUUAUGAAUAAUUAUUGUAUAUUAAAAUCUCUACUACUGUCCCUUGCCAUAGAAUAUAUUCACAAUUCAGGCAAAGUUUAAAUAUGUAAUUUUUAUUUUUCAUUCCCAUACUUUCUUCACAAUGCUGCCAUGUCCCUAAGGCUCAGAGCAAUGUACACUGACACUAGCAAAGCCAAAGCCAAUGAAAAUGCUCAUUUGUAUUUCAAUUUGCUUGAUACCAUAGGUUGUGGGAAAUUGAUGAUCUCCUUGAUAUAGAGUAACCACCAAGAGACAAUAAGAAAUGUCUGGUAGGAUCAAAACAUGGAUGUUACUUUCUGCAGAGGCCUGGGAUUCAUGGAAUUAGCCACUUACCCCCACAUAUUGGAUUUAACUUAAAGGUGAAAAGGCAGACAGAGAAGAAAGCUAUAAUUUUGAUAUAAAUAAGACUUGCCUAUCUGUGAGGAAGCUGUAGGCAUAACUUCUACACAUUUUCAAGCUUUUAACUGUGUUUUUUAUGACUCAUUAAACACAGGAUGGUUGUUGACUUCUAAAAUACUA